GCCCAAAUAAAUAAAUGAAUCCCUUACCGAACAAGGCCUCCUCGCAAUUUGUCGGUUCUCAAACGAUUUCCAACUUGAAACCUGGUAACAACCGAACACUGCUGUGCAAUCCCGAUCCGAACAGAACCCGCCUGGUUCCGCUUUCCGACUGUCGACGCACGAACUAUCUACUCGUCGUUGAUUUCGUCACGUCUUACUUGCCGCUACCGCUGUACAAAUUUCGUCGCCGCUGAUCCUGCUGAUCGGCGGUGUCUACGAGCUUGUCUCCUCCGGUUACGACUUCGUUACUCAAACUACAGAAACCGAUUCUGACCUUAUCGAUUUCUUCACAGACUUGUGCGCCAAGUCUCGUCUGUCGCCGCCUUUUGUGAUAGUCGAAACCCGUAGCAAGAUACUUCAAUCGCUGACCUUCGCUGAUUGAUCUCUUCUUGCCGGACUCGUCUCCCUCUCGAUCGUUCUUCCAAGAAGCUCUGAUACCAAUUUGAUAGAAAUUGGUAGAGUAGCCCUUGGAUAAUUGGAUUGAAUCGACAAUAAUAUAUCAACUGUGGUUUGAUGGACGAAAUGACAAUCAAAGAUGGAGUUGAAAAUGUCCAACUACUUCCUGCAAUCUAUGAUGAUUAUGGCGGUGUGGUGGUAGAGCUGACGGAGCAUAUGGACCCUACCGUUUUUCUCACUAGGCUUAAAACUUCAAUGUCACAGUGGACGUUGCAGGGCAAGAAGGGUGUUUGGAUUAAACUGCCUAUCCAUCUUGUAAAUCUUGUCGAAACUGCCGUGAAGGAGGGGUUUCGUUAUCAUCAUGCGGAACCUGAUUACCUCAUGCUUAUUAACUGGAUUCCCGAAACAACAAGUACAAUCCCUGCAAAUGCUUCUCAUAGAGUAGGUGUUGGUGCUGUCGUCUUGAAUGAUAAACGUGAGAUUCUUCUUGUCCAAGAAAAGAAUGGGAGAUGGCGGGGAGCGAAUGCCUGGAAGAUUCCUACUGGAAUUGUUGAAAUGGGGGAGGAUAUUUCUGAAGGGGUAAUUAGAGAAGUCAAAGAAGAGACAGGAAUAGAUACAGAGUUUGUUGAAGUACUAGCAUUCAGGCAAUGGCACAAGGUAUUUUUCGGGAAAUCAGAUUUAUUCUUUGUGUGCAUGAUGCGCCGACUAUCGUCUGAUAUCAAGAUUCAAGAACUAGAAAUCGAGGCAGCCCAGUGGAUGCCAUUGGAAGAAUAUGCAGCUCUACCUUAUGUUGAGAAAGAAAGUCUAAUGUGGUACACCUCUGAGUUAUGCAAGGCAAAGGUAGAUAAGGGUUACUCUGGUUUUUCUCCGCAACCAGUAACCUCAUUUUUCAGUGAUAAACCGAGUCACAUUUAUUUAAACACGCGAGAUCUAAAUUAGAAAAAAAUAAAAAUAACGUAUACAAUCUUAAAUCUACAGUUCAAGUAUUUGUUAUUUAUAGUUUAUUGUGACGCUAUUCGUAAUUAUUCAUGACAUUUUCUUGCUUUAUAAUAUUCUAUUUGGAGCUUCAUAUA